AUGCCACAACCUCUCGAAAAUGAGGCCACGCCCACGGAACCACUUCAGGCGUUGCCAGCAGCUGCUUCUGCCAUGAAGUUUACGAAAUCACGACACUCCACCCCUGUCCUAGAAUCGUUGCCGUUAUCGCAAUCCGAAACCAACCUUGCCUUCCGGCGCUCCAACCCAUCUGCCGCUUCCCUUUAUGCUUCAACUCUCUCGCCGCCCGGAUCGCGUUCCAUAUCGCCGGCCGGCCGAGGCUCACCCGCUCGUGUACUCUCCCAUACCGUCUUCGAUGCACGGCCUAAUCGACUCCCCGAAACUGGGGGUGACAGCUCCGAGCCCCUGAAUCUUGUGCUUCGAGCAUUUGUUCCCCACGUUUCAAUCUAUACUUCCGAAGAUACGGACACUUUGAUGAGUGAGAAGGGUUUCCGAGGUGGCCUAUGGGAACUUCUCCGUCCGUUUGGUGAAGAUGUGCAAGGCAAGAUCACAAUCAGGGAUAGUAAUGGCAUGAGUAGAGUAGCAGAUGGGUUCUCUAUCAGGUUUACACGGUUCGGUGACAAUAUUGAACACCCCGAUCCUACAGUAUCGGGUUUCAGGAGUCUUGCGUCGUCGCAAGGACAGAACGGCAGCCAAGCAAGCACAUCAAGAGACAAGCAAUUCCUCGCUGAUGUGGAAGCUGUGGUGGACAGGCAUUUGUCCUACGCCGAGCAAUCUUUUGCGGUCUUGCCGCGUUACGGCAUGUUUGCCGAUCAGAACACAGCGUCAGAAGCGACGUCGCCAUACUAUGCACUUUACCUACGCCGCUUACUAUCUGGUCUUCCCAUCUCACCCCACGAAACCUUUUCUCAUCCAGUAACGUGUGUUAUCGCCGUUAGCUCGAGGAAUCCGGAUCCAAUCUCGGAAAUGAGAAGGCUUUACACGGAAACAAACGAAGGAAGUAAGAAGCUUCCUCCCUGGGUCGAUAGCGAAUUCAUCCGAUAUUAUGUGCUGGUUCAUGACGAGGAAACGGAUGAUAUCAUACAAUCUAUGGGUAUAUUCGAACAGAUGAAGCGACACCUUGGAAUUCAUUGUCACCUUCUACGAUUGAGGAGCAGCCAGAGUGCAGAGACCGACGAUGACAGCAUUCCAUUGCCACGCAGCGACUGGAUGUCAGCUCACGAAGAACUCGAGGAUAUCCGCCAGAGUGAGGAUGAUGAGGAUUUUGAGGAUCCGACACGCUACAUAUUCGAAUCUGAUGCUACUGCCAUCCGUACGUUUGUGCGUGAAAUGGUGACCAUGUCUAUUAUACCCCAAAUGGAGCGCAAUGUCUCUAUCUGGAAUGAUCAGGUUGCCUCAAGACGCAGAGGCAUCACAGGCCGCUUCAUGAAUUUGUCGAGAAAAUGGGCAUUCGGCGGCAGCUCAAGGAAUUCAACAGGUGGCACCAGCAACUCUAGAGACAACUACAAUGCUGCUGGAUACUAUGGCUCAGAAGCCCCUGAGGCCAUCAUGCGGAAAUUGGCAGAUUAUGCCUUUAUGUUAAGAGAUUGGAAACUGGCACAUUCGACGUAUGACCUUUUGAGAUCCGACUUUAGUGAUUCUAAGGCCUGGAAACAUCAUGCCGCGGCCAACGAAAUGGCUGCUUUGAGUCUUUUGAUCUUCCCUCAACAAAUGUCGUCAAAGAAUCGCGCUGAAACAAUUGACCAAAUGCUGGAGGCUGCAUUCUACUCCUAUAAUACCCGAUGCAGUGCACCCUACGGGGCUUUGAGAAGCUUGCUGCUUGGCCUUGAACUAUUGCGGUUGCGAAACGGUACGAAUAUCGAUGACGCUGGCCGAUGGGGAGUGAGGCUUCUUGAGUCCAAGAUUUCGGGUAUCGUAGGCGACGCCUUGAUAAAGGAACGUCUCGCUGUUUGCUACGGUUCCAAGGAAGGUGUCGGAAGCUGGCACUGGGGUUCACGUCGCCGCAAGUCAGCAACAUGGAGUAUUCUUAGUGCAGAUGCUUGGCUUCAGCAGUCUAGACAUAUUCAAGCGCGACGGUGCUUGGAUGAAGCCCACAGGAUGUACUCAACUUUACCCCAUAAGGAGGGUAUUUCCAGGUUCGGGGCAGCAGGGCACUUUAUGGCUUCAUUGCAGCAUAACUUGGCCGAAUCACCAGACGCUUCAGACAACGACGAUGGAGACGACGGGGAUGAUGGAAUUGACGAGGAGAGCGAGGCACUAAAUGAUAUGAGACCGCGACGGCCAAGUGCGGCGGCAGCUGACAUGUUUCGAAAUACAAGCAGGGGGGAAAGCAGCACUACAGAUGAUGGUACGUAG